UUAAUCCUGCGAAUAAAGGGAGAAUUGGGUUAAACAAAUCCGAAGCAAAAUGGCAGGAAGAUUGAGCAAUGUGGCCUCUCGCAUCAUGGGAGGAAAUGGCGUCGUUGGACGUUCAGUCGUUUCUUCUCUUCGGCUCCGUUCCGGGAUGGGCCUCCCCGUCGGCAAACACAUCGUACCAGACAAGCCACUCCCUGUAAAUGACGAGCUGGUUUGGGACAACGGGACGCCCUAUCCAGAACCUUGUAUCGAUCGCAUCGCCGAUACAGUCGGCAAGUAUGAAGCUUUGGGUUGGCUGCUCGGAGGAUUAGGGUUUUUUGCAUCGCUGGGACUUUUGGCUGUGUGGAACGAUAAAGCCUCUAAAAUUCCUUUUACGCCAAAAGUUUACCCUUAUGACAACUUGCGGGUCGAGCUUGGUGGAGAACCCUAGGCAAAUUGCAGGGCAAGUAAUCAUAUGUUUUUUUUUUUUUUUUCCUCAGUUGUGUCUCCUCUCUGGAUCAUCUAUUUGCAUUUUGGAAUUCAAAACAGUUGGAAAUAAUGGGAAGCAUGUAUCCAUUGCUGGAAUUGAAGUCUUAAAACGAAGAAUGAUGUUUUUCUUUGAACCUUGUUGAUGAUUAACAUCUGGAAUCAAUCCUGUGCUUCAAUUUCA